AAGAAAAUAAUACGAAAAACGAGAGGAAUAAAAACAGAAAUUAUAUAUAACAUCUGGAGGAGUUAGAAAAUAUUCAAAAUUUUUAUACAUAAAUUCUUUAUAAUAAAAAUAAAAUUUUAGUAUAAAAUAUAAGUUAAACUAAUAAUACUAAAGUGUAAGACGCUAAUUGGAAAUAUUUGAAUUUCGAUCAUAUAAAAAAAGUACAAAAUCAGAAUGUCAUAUACUUUAUUACGAAGUCUUCAAUACAGUGGAGGAACAGUUUUGCGCAAUGCUACUGCUGUAUGUUGUCUAAAUACAAAUACUCCUUUGACCUUGUAUCUGCUAAAGGUACAACCAAAUAAUUAUUGUAUUGUAGCACAAUAUUCCAGACGGAGCGAUUCUAAAAACCUUGAAAGCGCUUUCAAGGUUGUCAAAUCAAAAGUUCGUGUUGAAGGCAAUUCAGACUUUUUGGGCGGAGAGUGUGGGCCAAAUUGGGAAUUACUCUCACCGCGCGGCAACCGUUUUUAUUUCCCCAACGCCGUAGGACCUGCUUGGCAAGGAGCCUCUACCACAAUAACUUUGGAGGUGCCCUUAGAAUCACUGGUUGAUUUCGAUGGCAAAAACUCUGAGAAGAAGCCCAUGCUAAAAUUCAGUGUAAAUGAAUGUCCCUCAUUGAUUAAAAAAUCCCUGCAUGAAUUAUUUCCAGCACCCGAAGUGGUAUCUAGUGACAAAUUAGCUCUAAUGACAUUACGUUUCAAUGGUGAUAGCGAGAUAGGAGCAAGAAAAUUUGUAUUAGCUGCCCGUGAAAUCACUGCCCGCUUAAGACUCCAUGGAUAUUGGGCAGAUUUUAUGAAUCCAUUCAGUGGUAAACCCUUUUAUUCUUGGUCCAGUGGUAAAAAUCUAUAUAAAAUCGAUAAACGUUUUCGUGGUCUCAACAUGAAACUAAAUAAACACAAUGAAUGUGUUGUUAUCAGUUCCGAUGCCGAAGAUAAUGCAGAAAAUGCAUUUUCUGGUUCCAUUUAUAGCAAUGCUCCAUCAGAGUUUGCGCAGCUAAAGUCAUUGCUUGAUACACAAGUUUAGCGACAGACACUGUUCCUAAACACGUGGACUAAUCAUAUACUACCAAAUGAUUUACCUCCUAAUUUUAAAAUUUUUGUUGAUAUUGUUAUAGUCAAAUAAAUUAAUUGUUUUAUUUUUAGUUAAAAAAUUGUAUUAGAUAAACAUCAAUACUGUAAAUUACUAUUUAA